UACCGAGUUAUGGGUAUCUUUCCACAUUUAGUUGAAGCAACUUCUAGAGAUAUCAACCAGCUGUUAAAGCUUCAAAAGGUUCAUCCACAAGUACGUGCAGAUGUGAAACGAUAUCUUGAUGAGUUGAUACGAAAAUCUUAUCAGGAAGUAUUUGAUCUUCCUGAACACCAGACAGAAAGCACAUUUCAGGUUUGCAAUAGUCUGGCCAAUGAAAUCGUGAACACAUGUCUCACUGUAGAUAUACCACGAGCAGACCUUGAUACAACCGAGCAAAAAUGUCUUGAAUUAGAGGAACGUGUGCGACAGAUGGAAGGUCUUAUCAAAUAUUACGAAUCGUAUCAGGAUGACUUGAAAAUGCUACUCGAUGAUGUCAAAACAUCACAUUAUUAUAUGCUCCAUAGUUAUUUUCGUGAAGUUCUUAUAUUACGGCGUCGUAUUGAUCAUUUACAGAAAAAAUUACGGAAAGAGGAUCUUUCCAAAUUAUCGAUCGCAUCGCGAAACCGUUCAUUGGACUCAGGUGGGGAUUUAAAUAAUGUCUCAAGGAAAAGCAUAUGUUUUCCUAUGAAAAGAUAUCAAUCAGCUCCCGAUUUGACUUCAAAGGUCGAGCAUAUAGACCAGCAAUCCAAAACGCAGUUUCCAACUUUGGCUACUAUUUUAAACGAUUCAGUAAUAAACAACGAUUUAAAUUUACCGAACAUUUAUGAGCCAAUUUCUGGUUUGGAAGCCUUGCAGAGACCGCAUCGAGUUAUUAUUCAAGAUAAACCAACAAUAGCGAAUGAACAAUUGGAAGAUAGACAUAGUACAUCAAAAUCCACACAAGAAUGUGAUACCUCGUGUUCUCUCACUAAAAAAUCCAAAUUGGAGACAUUUGAUUUUUUUGGGAUUGGUGGUAUAGCGCGUCAUGUCAUCGGUGACUACUCUCCUUCGAAUAAUUUCAAAUUAUCUGAUGUAGAGCAAAUGCUGCAAUAUAUUUCUAGAAGUGAGGAGACUGUUGAUGCAAUUUUUGAUUAUGAAGAAUACAUCCGACUUCUAAAUAAGUCUCAUGUUUUGUUCGAACAGCGAAUAGAAAAAAUUUUGGGUGAGAAAGACAGAGCUCGACAUUUGUCAAGACUUCGCCGAAGCAACAUCGCAGAGAAUUCUGUUAACCUUGGAUCGCAAACGCUGAAAUUUUUGCAAGAACAAUUGGAAUACCAACAUGCUCAGACUCUUUCGUCUCAGUGGAAUCUGCAUUUUGCGAUUGAUUCAAUCAAGGAGCAAUUUUAUGAGUUCUUGGGACAAUUUCAACGGGACAUAAAUUCUCUUCAACAAAAAUACGAAAAUGACAUAUCCUUGAUGUCGCAGGUAUUUUUGUUGCAACAGUCUCGCUCAAAUGCACUUGCCGAUUGUUUUAAUUCGUUUAUGCACGAUGUUUCAAUAUUGCUAGAAAACUUGAGCAAAAUCAUUGAGUGCAAACAUUGUUGCGACCUUUUCAAGGUUCCCUCCGAUAGGGUUCAUCACCUUGAAGAACUUCUGAAGCAGCGCCCGGGUGCAAAAUAUUCAUACAAGCUCAGGGAACUUUUGGAUAAAGUUAAGGAACGUCCUGAUACAGAUUGUAAUUUACUCUGGGGCAUCCAUUUCUAUGUAAAUAGUCCAAUUGUGAAGGAAGCAGAGUCAUUGCUAAAGGCAUUUGCAAAAAAAUUCAAUAAAUUGCAGCGAAAUUUGAAGAGUCUAUUAUUACAGAAUGAACUUUUAUCAGCAGAAAAAGUCAAUGCCAUGGCGCGACGUAAUGGGCGCAUGAGUAGUCAGGAAUCUGAUGCUGAGCUAACAGCGAAAGAUAAAUUUGAGUUAUGGAGAAAAUCCAAGAUUGAAGGGGCAGGGGACACGACUGGAGCAGAUCUUUUAAAAGAGCUUGUAUCCUUGCGUUUUCGACGUGCAGCGAAUCGGGUGCGUCUUGCCCGCUUUGAAGCAAUGCUCAAUGCUGAGGAGGACGAGGACAAAAUUAAGCAGUACAAAGCAAUAUGCUCUGCUCUUAAACAUCGAAUGGCAAAAGACACAGCUCGUAUAACCGAAUUGCUACGCUUACUUUUCCUGAGUCUUAAUAAAAUUGGGAUUACACCUAGCUUUACAAUAGUUUUACCUACUAAUUUGGGAGGUGUCACUCACAAUUCUGCAAAGCGUCCUGAAGAAAAAGAGGCACUUUAUUCGAUUGUAGGGGGUUCAGCGCAUUUGGACUCCGAUGGGAACUGUAUUUAUUUUAAUGAUGAACGUAUUCCAAUUUCAUUUUUCGGCAGCACUUCAGGCAAGGCAUAUACACGAGCAGAAGUGGGUGCAAUUUGUGGUAGCAAAUAUGAGUAUCAUACAGGUGUCCAUUUAGGAAGGCCCGUCAAGGAAGGCAUGCGGCCUUUGCACUAUUAUCACAACGAGGAAAGAGAUUCUUGUUUUGCGCCUCUAAUGAGGAAGGCUUCCACUUCCGUCGAUAGCAAAAUAGUGUGCAACCAUUUAAUCGUAUCGAAGGCUGGCCACAAUCAGGAAACAAUGCCAAUGACGCGCAUUCUGUACCCAGCUCUUCUAACAGCUGAACCUGCUCAGUCAUCCUUCAAUAUCGAUGGUUAUGCCGCAAGUCACACAACAAUUUCUGAUAACACUGACCUUUUCUACACAGAUUCGCAAGACAAAAGUGUUCCAUCAACUUUGCCCUUCAGCCACGAACAUUCUCAAUCUACCGAGUCAUCUGCUUUUUCGAAAGCACCAGAGCUACGUAGCCCAAGACAACGUUGCAUCUUUGGCGAUGUUCAGCAGAAGUGUGACGAGGGGAACAGCAAUCAGCUCGAUAGCAUAGCAUCUCCCGUUCCUCUCUUUAGAACAUAUCAAAGUUUUAUUACCAAUGAGGGCAAUAGGGACAAUGCCAAGGACACUAGCAUGGCUCAAAUGUACCGCAACCCGUACUUGUACAACUUUACAACUAAUGUUUACCGCUCUUUAGUCGAAGACCAAUCAUUGCUUUGUGUCAAGCCGAUUCAGGUAUCCUCUGUUGAACAUUCUAGUGAUGAUUACAGUCGACCUUUUGACUCCAAAGCCUCACAUACGACAGCAAUCAUGCAUGCAUGCAACACUGACUCCCCCCCGCUACUAACUGACGAGAGUGCUAAUGAGACGAAUGCUUUUCCUUUAAACCCCUUAAAGACGGAGCCCGCACUACCCAUUACAGUGCCGACGACAGUAGUUCCUAUUUCUUCUACUUUCCUCAAAGCGAAGCAAAUGCGGGCAGCUCGAGUAGAGAGGGAGGCUGCUCUCAAACAUGUAUCACAAAAACAGCAGGGGGAAUGCAACUUGCAAGAAACAGUGCCAAACACGACAGGCAAUGAAGAGUAUCUUCGCCUUGAGAUACCGAAGCUGCCGCCUUUGCUCCCUAAACCGCAGCAAGCUGCUCAAUUACAACGAGCUCAGGUCUUGUCUAUUUUGCAUGCAAAAAAAAAAUUUCUAGGCUAG